AUGCGUCCAGGAAAACGCAGCAAGGCCGGCGGCCCGCCAAUCGGCGACCAAUGCCCCGGAGCUGGAGCUUCAAGUCCCAGGGAGAGGCCAAGUUCUGCGAAAGAAUCAGUAGCAGAUCGUUUACUAGAUGAAGCUCCAUGCACGCCACGCAAGGUACGGUCGCCGCGACCUUCAAGGGCUAAGCGGGUUCGGUUCUCGGAUCCUGGUCCUCAUAUCGGUCUAGAGGAUACCCAAGAACAGAGUGGUCUUUCAACCGGGUUAACACCAAUGGUAUCACGGACUACGCUCUAUGCGAACCGACAGAGCGAUGCCACGGUACAAAUACCACGCAGCGGAGGAAGGCGGCGGGACACACGUCUACGCCACUCUGAUCCAGCUGCAUAUUCACAGCUUCGGCAGAUGGAGGCAGAGAAGACGAUGUCAACCCCCGACUCAAACGUAUUUCGGUAUCUGCGUUUCCACGAUAUUCUUGAUCCACGGUCCAGAAGGCGGAUACAAAGACUUGGUUUUAGCGAGGCCAUGAAUGAGAUCGACAAGAAGCGAAAGGAGGAAAAGCGACUCCAGCGGCAGAAGGACGAGCAGAUGAGGCAACUACAGAGAGAGGUUGAGUCUCUACGGAAUGACAGGAUGGAACUGGACGUCGAAAACCCCAAUACCCAAAAAACCCUAUGUAAGACCCCUAAUAGGAGUGAAAGGCAAACCACUCAUCCGAUCGACGAUUCCAUGUUCACGCCCUGUCCAAACACGAGCGGAGAUAUUGUCGACAUGCCUGAUGGCGACAUGAUAGAUGAGGAUUAUAGUAUACCAAACAGCCCUCUUUGGACACCCAUGGCGAGUAGCACACCAAUCUCAACAUUUGAGCCUGCAGCACGGUCGUCAACCAACGUCGACCCGGGUGCACAGCUUCGAGUUGAGGAGCUCACACAAGACCUCAAAAUCAAAAACAGGGACCAACUGUAUUUAUUCGAAGAAUGGCAGAGGUUGUCAGGUGCGCCAAAUGCCGAUACUCAGGAUAACGAAGAAGAGGACUGCAGUACUUUACCGCCGCCCGACUUAGCAAAACAAGUCAUUUCAACCCUACAAGACGCCACCGUCAGGGCUUCCGAGGCAGUUAAAAAUGUGAAAGAGCUCCAUGCCGAACUCUCUAGCCAUGGGUUUGAUGGUGAGAAUGCGGCAGAGGUUAUUGCCAAUAUCGAGGCCCAUUUUCGGCAUGCAAGAAUGGAGCUUGAGAGAUUGGUUCCAGGUGAAACAGCAAACGCCAGCUUAUCCAAUUGGAAGGCUAUUAUUGACGCCUUAGUUGAUCGCAUCUAUCGUUUAGUACGUGGGCUGAAGCACGCUAAGGAUCAGAUCAAGAGCGGUGAAGAUCGCGAAAGCGCGUUGCGGAGACAGUUCGACGCUACUCUAGUUCGAUUAGAAGAGGAGACGAAGGAGAAUGGUAAAUUAGGGCGAUUUGCUGAAUCCAUUACCGAAGAUACGUUAAACAUGCGCAUGAAGCUCCAGGGCAUGGAGAGAGACUUGGAAGCCCAGGAAACGGACAAAGCGCGGCUCCAAGAUGCCUUGAGCAAGUAUCGGGAAGAUUUGCUGAUGCUCGAAAGAUUAAACUCGGAAUUAGAGGAUGAGGUAGCCGCCUCAAACAAGAAAACCGAGAAGUUGACAGCCUUGAAUGUCCGAAUGAAGAACGAAGGGAACCUCUCCAAAGCAAAGAUAUGUGAGCUUCAAAGUCGUCUGCAGAGAGAGAAAGAAACGACCGAAUCUAUCGAAUCGUCUCUCCACCAACGCGACCUGAAAGUUCUAGAGCUUAACAAGAAGAUGAAGCUCCUCGAAACAGAGAAGGAACAAGUCGUUGUGGCCCUAGAAAAAGCUGCUAAGGAGCAAUCGGACGAGCAUGAGAAGGAACUAGGGGCACUGAACGUCCGAUUAUCCGUCAUUUCCACCUCGCUUAGCGAAAUAAAGACCGAAAAUGCAACGCUCCAGUUUGAGAAAUCCCAACUCGAGAAUCGUCUCAAGAACAUGGAACGCAUAUCCCGGAAUGCAAUCCGCCUAACUCAACAAAAACAGAACGAGACUGCAAAGGCGAUUGCUGAAUGGCAGCAAGGAAUCCAGCUACUGGGCAAGGAAAGCGUUCGGGCGAGCAAGGGCGGUAACGCUAUGGCGGGUUUAAGUCAUUCCUUCAGCGGCUUUGGAAGCGAGCCCAUCACACCAGAAACCGUGAGCAGGUUCAAGAAUGUGGAGAUGGGAAGAGGAAAGAAACGCAAACGAUGCCCAAAUAGUGGUGUUGGCGGUGUGAUCGAGGAAGCAGAAUGGUCUGAGUCUGAAGCAGCACCGUCGAGUGCAUGCAAACCCACGACGACUUCAUUCUCGACUAUUUCUCCUAUUUCUCCCCGAGCCUGA